GCGAAAAAUAGCGUUCUGGCGCGUCGCGUCGCGAGCAGUGAUGAAAAACGAUGACAUCACUCGAACGUCACACUUUUCCCUGUAGCGAUAAUCAUGGCGGAUCAACAAUUCAACAACUUUCUCUGAUUAUUGAAGUCCGCCGCUGCCUGCCGGGAUGGAGCAUGUUCAAGGGGCCUGGAAAAGCGUCAGUCAUGGGUUUGGAUGCAAAGACUCGGUGUUUGAAGAUUCCUGCAUGUCUCCCACCAUUCUCAAGAACUUCCCGUACCGGAGAUUGUCAGAUGAUGGGAGAAUCACAGACUCUAAAACUAGCAGCACAAUCCGUGUCUUCCUACCCAACAAACAGCGGACUGUGGUGAAUGUGCGACCGGGUAUGACGCUGCGCAACUGCCUCAUCAAAGCCCUGAAAGUCCGUGGACUUCAGCCCGAAUGCUGUGCCGUUUUCAAGCUUCUUCGAGAGCCUACCAGUUCCCACAGUAAGAAGAAGCGUAUGGAUUGGAGCACUGAUUGUACCACACUGGUGGGAGAGGAGAUGCUGGUCGAAGUCUUAGAUCACGUCCCGCUGACCACGCACAAUUUUGUACGAAAGACAUUUUUGAAGUUGGCCUUUUGUGACAUAUGUCAGAAGUUUCUUUUACAUGGCUUCAGAUGUCAGACGUGCGGCUACAAAUUUCACGAGCACUGCAGCACCAAAGUGCCCACCAUGUGUGUGGACUGGAGCAACAUUCGACAGCUCCUGCUGUUCCCGACUCCCGGAGAGAACGGCACUCCGUCACUCCCGCCCCUCUCGUCCCGUCGGAUGCAAAACUCUAAAUUCUCCUUCAGUCCUUAUCACAGAUACUCCACGCCGAAUGCUUUAAACUACAUCACUCCCAUGCCGUCCGCUGGCGUCUCUCUCAGUCAUAAAGUGUUGUCCACAUCCACGCCCAAUGUCCACAUGGUGAGCACCACACAGCCGGUCGAUGAGGCUGCUUAUCAGGAAGCCUUAGGGCGUGAUGAAUCAGGAAGCCCUCAAAAUCUGAGCCCGACCGAGUGGUCCAAAACCCCGGCUCCGGCUCACCGAGAGAAAGCGCCUUCAACCAACACUCAGGAAAAAAGAAUCCGUCCACGAGAGAAGAGAGAUUCCAACUACUACUGGGAGAUCAAGACCACCGAGGUGAUUCUGCUCUCCAGGAUCGGCUCAGGCUCGUUCGGCACCGUCUACAAAGGGAAGUGGCACGGUGAUGUUGCUGUGAAGAUUUUAAAGGUGACGGAUCCCACACCAGAGCAGUUACAGGCCUUUCGCAAUGAAGUGGCUGUUCUCAGGAAAACCAGGCACGUCAAUAUUGUUUUGUUUAUGGGAUACAUGACGAAGGAAAACCUGGCCAUUGUGACGCAGUGGUGUGAAGGAAGUAGCCUCUACAAACAUCUGCACGUGCAAGAGACGGACUUCCAGAUGUUUCAGCUGAUUGACAUUGCCAGGCAGACGGCUCAGGGCAUGGAUUACCUACAUGCAAAGAAUAUCAUCCAUCGAGACAUGAAGUCAAACAAUAUCUUCCUGCAUGAAGGACUGACGGUGAAGAUCGGUGAUUUUGGUCUGGCCACAGUCAAAGCACGCUGGAGCGGCUCUCAUCGGGUGGAGCAGCCGUCGGGAUCCGUCCUCUGGAUGGCUCCCGAGGUCAUCCGGAUGCAGGACAACAACCCGUACAGUUUUCAGUCGGAUGUGUACUCGUACGGUAUCGUCCUGUAUGAGCUGAUGACAGGAGAAUUGCCUUAUUCUAUGGUUGCAAAUAGAGAUCAGAUCAUCUUUAUGGUGGGUAGAGGUUAUCUGACCCCUGACCUCAGUAAACUGUAUAAGAGCUGUCCUAAAGCUAUGAAGAGGCUCGUCGCUGACUGCAUCCAGAAGUCCAAAGACGACAGACCGCUGUUUCCACAGAUCCUGUCCUCGAUCGAGCUGCUCCAGCACUCGCUCCCCAAAAUCAACCGCAGCGCGUCCGAGCCGUCGCUCCACAGAGCCUCGCACACCGAGGACAUCAACGUCUGCACUCUCGCGCUUUCAUCCGCCUUCAAGUGAAGCGUCACGCUCGCUUCAGCCCAGGACACGCUAGCAUCCAGUCGGCAAACAUACUCCAGCUAGCGGCGGACACAGUGUUGGUCAUUUAUGUGCUUCGUCUAAUAUAUUCUGUGUGUUAAGUCAAGAGUUUCAGUUGAUCUCUCUUCCCGUCUGCCAGGAGGGAACAGCCAAUCGCACUUUCUUUACACGGUUCACCUGUUGUGUCUAGCUGUAUGGCAAAGUUUGAGUGGGAAAUACCCAGAAUAAUCACGCGAACUGCCGCUUUCUCAUGAAUCCUACAAUCACGUGUGGCUGAAAUGACGUGUAAAUAUUCCCUAAGUGCCAGUGCCGCGGACGGCCGUGUGUCGAAUGUGUGUUUUUAUCAGCCGUACAGGGAGCACUUCAUGAUCACGUGUCUCGUUGUCUCUUUGACUUUGAGUAUGUUACAAAAAUCAAAGAAGAGUGGGUAUUAACUUUAUUAUAAAACUUGUUAGGGAUUCGUAUUUUUUUUUUUUUUUUUUUCCCAGCUUGUUACUGCUUGUCAUGGAGAAUUAACUUGUAAACUUGACAGAUUGUUUAUGCAUUGUAUUUUAAUAAAAUUUAAGUUAAAUACA